CACAUCCUUCUAAGCUUGAAGAAUGUGUAUUUUCUAUGAUCUUUCUUUUUUCUACAUCCUUCUAAGCUUGAAGGAUGUGUAAAAAAUGGGCGCACAACACAUGGACCCAUUUUUAGGGCAUUUGCCCCAGCCAGCCAUUCCAAGGGCUAGUAGUUAUGAGCUUGGGUUACAUCUGGGCUUGUCACUGGACUCAAUCUGGGUCCCAGAUGGGUUAAAUGGGUACCUAAGUGCUAGAUCUUUACGAGUUUCGGACACAAGAUGGAGGAUACCUAUCAUACUUGUUGAUAUACUUAAUUAGUAGUCACAUUUUUAGUGCUGUUAUUGUUUUGUCACCCUAUCAGUGUGUCAAAUUUAAAAGCCAUCUGAUUUUCAGGCUUCAUUCACAAUGUCUGUUGAAGGAGAAUUACUGGUAGAAGAUCAUUACCAGCUAGCCGGCUGGACAGUGAUCGAUAACAGCACAAUCAGUCUGUAUGAAAAUGGAACUGUGCCGAAGGACUGCUGUUCGGUCGGCUGGCAAGUGACUGAGAAGACGUGGUGGUGGUUCGGCUGCGUCAUGUUCAUCGCGCUGCCGCUACUGUUUGCCACCAUCAAACACUGCAGUCGACUAGCGGAGGACCCCAAGGCUGUGUCCAAAAAUAAGCGCGCCAUCUUCAAGCUGAUUCACGCCGAAGAAGACAAAGCGAUCCGAGCCAUUCCCAAAAAGCCGGUGGAGAAGGCCAACUUCAUCAAAUAUUGCGAGCAGCACAGGAAAUAUCCCAUCCUGUUCAAAGUCGAAUUUCAGCACGCCGGCCGGAUCGAGGCGCACCCGUGCCGCCACGGCACCAAACCGUGCAAUGAGCCCAAGAACCAGAACCACAAGAUCGUCCCCUACGACUACAACCGGGUGGUGUUGGACAUGCUGCCCGCGGAUCCCGAUCCCGUGGACGAGGCAGAGUCCGACUACAUCAACGCGUCAUACGUGGACAGUCUCCUCAAGCCGAACGCCUACAUUGUGACGCAGGGCCCCAACGAGCGCACCCUCAACGACUUUUGGCGGAUGAUGUGGAAGGAGCGGUCGCCCUGCAUCGUCAUGCUCACCAAAACGUUCGACUUCAUUAAGGUGAUGUGUGUCCAGUACUGGCCAGUGCUGGUCGACCGGGAGGAGGAAUUCGGCGACAUCAGCGUCACACUGCUCAAGGAAGAGCAGCUCGCCAACUUUGUCAUCCGCACCAUCAAGCUCAAGAAGGACGGCGAGGAGCGGACUGUGCUGCAGUUCCACUACACCGAGUGGCCCUGUCACUCGUGCCCCUUCUCCAACGCCAUCCUGGAGUUCCGCCGGCGCAUCCGCAUCUGUCUGCGCCACCGGUCGCCGGACCUGGACGGACCGAUCGUGGUGCACUGCAGUGACGGCGCCGGCCGGUCGGGCGUCUUCCUGGCCAUCGACGCCAACAUCGAGCUGGCAGAGGAGGACGGCGUGUUCGACGUCUACGGCUACCUGAAGAAGAUGCGCCAGUCGCGCCGCGGACUUAUCGAGACCAUCGAUCAGUACAAGUUCGUGUACGACACUCUGGAGGAGUUUGUCACCUGCGGCUACUCGUCGUUCCCCGUCUCGGAGCUGUCACAGCGACUGAAAGAGAAGGCCGUCAAGGGCCCCGACAAGCUCAACGACUACCAGCGCGAGUUCAACCAGAUCUGCCGCCAGGUGCCCAAGUUCACCAUCGGCGACUGCGCCGGCGGCCACCGCGCCGACAACCGGCACAAGAACCGGGACGUCAUGAUCGUGCCGCCCGACAACUUCAGGCCGUACCUGACCUCAUUCCAAGGCACCAGCGCCACCGACUACAUCAACGCCGUGUUUGUCGACGAGUACAACCGAGCGCGCGAGUACAUCGUCACCGAGUGGCCGCUGCGCUCGACCCAGAGCGACUUCUGGAGCCUGGUGUACGACCACGACUGCAACUCGAUCGUGGUGCUCACCAGUCCUGGCGACAGUUCGAGCUUCCCCCACUUCUGGCCGGAGAGCACGCGCUCCAAAAAGUACGGCGCUGUGUUCACCGUGGAGCACAUAUCGCACCAGCACUACCAGAACAUCAAGUCCUGGAUCUUCAAAAUCAACAAAAAGGAGAUCGCGCCCUACCGUAAGACCAUCUCCACCAACGUGGAUCCGCAGCAGGGAUCGCAGAUCGUCUCGCUGACGGAGCUGAUGGCCGGUGUCAAAGCUGAGGUGAAGACGUGCCAGCUGUUCCAGCUGACCUGCUGGCCGGCCGGCUACAAGGUGCCCACCUCCACCAACGCGCUCGUCGAGCUCAUGAACAUGGUGGAGCGGUGGCGGCAGCGCUCCGGCUACGGGCCCGUCGUCGUUGUGUCGCCUGACGGCCAGUGCCGUGCGGGCGUGUACUGCGCGGCCAACGCGUGCAUCGAGCAGGUGAUCCAGCACGGCGAGGUGGACGUGUUCCAGGCAGUCAAGACGGUCCGCCGCCACCGGCCGCAGCUCAUCUCAAACAUGACCGAGUACAAGUACUGUUACGACUUGGUGUUACACUACGUGCUGCACUACCUGAACCAGGAGGCGAGCGGCCACUGAGCGCGGUCGGUCCGUGUGACGGUCGGUCGGGCCGGACCGGGGCCGGUGUGUGACUGUGGUCUGUGGCCGCGGCGUCCAGUGAGCACAACUGCGCCGGCCGGUGGCUGAUCGGACUGUGAUGGUGCCGUGUGACGGCCGCUGUCGCCGGACGCCCGCGGGCAGCGGGGACGUUCUCCGGUGCAGUCGGCCCGCCGAGUGAGAGACAAACAGCACGCGGCCGGCAGGUCCCGGCGCGAAAUAACCAGCUUCGUAGUGGGCAGACGGGCGUGGGCUUAUCUGAAGUAACAGCUCGGUAUCUGAGCAUCUGCGACUGACCUGUAUCGCUGUAGGGGCGGUAUCUAACGCCGUGACGGAGAAAACGUGUCGCCUUAUAACUGUACCUUUGAGAUCUGUUCACGUGACGGAGCGAGUGUGGCGCCCUCGCGUGGUCACCCGCGGUGGGUGUGUGACGGCGGUUUUAUCCGCCCUGUGCGACUCCGCUGGACGGAGGUCCUGCACAGUGGAGACUCGCGCCGGCCAGAGCUUGACAGGCCCGUUUAGCCAUUACAUUGUGAUGCUAUUUUAGAGCAAGAGAUUCAUAUACAUAAGAUAGGGUGUAUGUUUAAGCGGGGGAUGCCGCAGUGGGUCGAUCCGCCCUCCACGUCCGUUUAAGGUAUGUACGAUAUUUUACGACUGUUACAGAUCUAAGUUGGGGCGGUAUUUGUAUACCGUGCCUUCCGGAGCUGGUAGGUAGGGGCGCAGCUGCUGGGGCCGUGGCGGCAGCUAUGGCUGACAGUGUAACCUGUGCCCGAGUGUCCUGUGUAUCUGUCAGACCGUCCGUCUCGGCCGGGACUCCCAAUGGGCGACUCUGACUCCCAGGUCUGGUGGCCUGACGCUCGGCAGUGGUCAGCAGAUGAUACAGAGGGGUCCGCCACCGGUCCGCGGCGUGGGCAGUCCGAGCUGCCGUACACAGAGGGCGUCACUGAGCGGCCGCUUCCGACAGAGCCCGUAUCCGAGCCGGGGUGCAAUGUUUUCGGAGGACGCCGACUGACCUGUUUUGUACGGUGAAUGACGAGAAUGCAAUAUACGACGGAUGGUA